UUUAUUAAAUUCUCAGCAACACCAAAACAAAAGGAUUCUGAAAAACAUCCCAUCAAAUAUGGACAAAGCACAAAAAGAAAAAGAAAUAGUCGCUAUCAUAUUAAAUUUAUGGCUGACACAGUUUACCUGGUCGAAAAUAAAAGCGUGAAGAGAGGCUCUGCAGAAUGCCAGCAGGAAUUCUUCUGUGAUCAGAGUUGAAGCAAAAUUCUGAUUCUAAUGGGAGAUCCUCCACCCUCAGAUUAUAUGAAUGCUCUUAUGAAAAACAUCAUGGAGUUCAACAGAUUAGGAGGAGGAGGAGCAGCAAACAACAUUAACUCCCUGCUGUAUUUGAAUGGAGUAGAAGGGCAGAUGGAGAAUGAUCAUGAUCAUGGCUUGUCCUUAGCAGAUCUGGACUAUGCAGAUGAACAAGGAUGGUCUUGCUUUGCUACUGACAAUUUGUGGACUUCUCACGAUCUGCCUGCAAAACCCCAAAGUUUUGAGCUUUCUGGAGUAGCUCUUGAGAGCGCAAAGAAUCUCUCUCAUGCCUCUGGGCCUUGUAAAAUCAUAGGGUUGGAUAACCCCCCUGAGAAUGACUUCGCCCACGGUUCGAAUCGCCUGCAAGGCAAGCGUAGUGUAGAAUCUGUAAAAUACGGAUAUUCGUCGGAGGAAAUCGAGGAUGAGGGAUCUGUUAAAUCCGGUCAGUCCGGUCGAUCUUCCGACUUUAAGACUUUGAUCUCUGAGAGAAGGCGCCGCGGCCGGCUGAACGAGAGGCUUUAUGCUUUACGCUCUCUUGUUCCUAAAAUUACCAAGAUGGACAAGGCGUCCAUUGUUGGGGACGCCAUUAGCUAUGUACAGGACUUGCAGAAGCAGGUGAAGGACAUUAAAGCGGAGAUCGCACAGCUUGAAGCGACUACGAACCUCGACGAUUCUGCGACUCUUGACGGAGAUUCGGUCAUAACAGACGUUGACAUGGAAAUGCCGUCCUACGGAAAUAGCACUUGUCAGGGCUCCGAGGUCGACAAACCAGGCCGGAAAAUACUCUUCCAUCUGGAUGUUUCCAAGAUGGAAGAGACAACAUUUCACAUACGCAUUUACUGCAAGAAAGGUCCAGGAGUCUUAAUUAAAUUGACCAGGGCUCUCGAAUCCCUUCACUUGGAUUUUCACAAUGCCAAUCUCACAUCUUUUGACGGCCAGAUUAUCAAAACGGCCACCAUUAAAGUGAAACAGAGUGAUGGAACGAUGGACAGCGAGACUGUGAAACGAAUUAUUGAAGAAGCUGCUGUCAAGUAUGGGUUUCAAUCAGCGUGAGGACAAUGAAAGCGACUCCAUUAAGAUACUUUGUCUUCUUUAAUUUCUGCUACUGUAUUCUCUAUUGUUCUUUCUGCGCAAUAACGACGAAUCUGAUUUGAAAACUUUAAUACUCGUUCCCCUGUAGAUAAGAUUGCAAGCGGGAAAAAGGGUGAAAUUCGUGUUUUAUUUUGCCGUGUUAAAAAUAUUUUCUACCUUCUAUUUUUAUUCUAUCCGUAUUCCCA